UCUCCGUCUCUGUGGCCUCCCUGCCUCAAGCGGCCUUUUUGCCGAAGGGUCCGCCCCAAGCUCUAUCUAUGGAAGACGCGCGGAGAAGGAGCGGCCUGUGCGACGUCGUGUGCGUGCGUGGGAACGCCGUCGCUCCCAGAAUCCUUUUCUGUUCCAAGAUGGCGGCAUCUCCCUCUUUGCGGUGAGGUCGGCGGAGGCGAAAGUGGUUGGGCGACAGCUGAGGGGAGAAAAAUACAUUAGCGAGAAAGCCCUGAAAGGAAAGAGCUGCCCCACCCACCGCUCCCCGCCGAAGAAGCCAUGGCCGCAGUGGUGGCCAAACGCGAAGGCCCCCAGUUCAUCAGCGAAGCGGCUGUCCGGGGAAAUGCAGCCAUCCUGGAUUAUUGCAGGACGUCCGUCUCCGCUCUCUCGGGAGCCACCGCCGGCAUUCUCGGCCUCAACGGCCUCUACGGCUUCAUCUUCUACUUCCUGGCCUCCGUCUUACUCUCCGUGCUUCUGGUGCUCAAAGCCGGGCGGCGAUGGAGCAAAUAUUUUAAAUCCCGAAGGCCUCUCUUUACCGGAGGACUGAUCGGGGGGUUAUUCACAUAUAUUCUCUUCUGGACUUUCCUCUAUGGCAUGGUACACGUUUACUAGGUGGAGGAAGGAGGCAUCCUAGUCAGAACAAGCUCUGAGGAGAGACAAGCCCGCUCCUCUCGGUUGCCCUAGAGCCGGGGAUCCUGGCCCAUUGCUUGCACUCUUCACACACGCUCCCUAACAUACGUCAGAAAGGCAAGCCUGCUCAUGAAACAGAAUGUGAAACGCUGCCCCCCCCACCCUUCAGAUUU